AUGGCACUUUCAUCCCCUCACAAAGAGACAAAAUAUCAACCGCUUGCGUCAGGCGAGCCUGAGGCUUCAGCGUCAAGCCUUUCCAAGUCACAUUCCCUGAGCAGCAGGGCAACGGUGAUGAUUGUGCCGGUUGUGGUGACGUUUACGAUCGCCCUCAUUCUAGGCUGGGUUUCUGGUCAGCAUUUCUCAGAUAGAAAGUGGGAUGGGCUGAUAUUACCACCGGGGAACGUCGCGACUGUCUUUGAACAUGAUCUCCUCUUUUCAGAAAGACCGACACCAGAAUCGGAGGCCGCAUGGAACUCUCUAAUCCCAGUUGGACGAGGGUUUGUUCAUCAUCCCGAAAUUGCACCAUUCAUCUCGAAUUUGGCUGUUUUUCACCAGCUGCAUUGCUUGCAUGCGAUUGUGGUGUCUUAUUACACGGCCAUUGAAGAGGUCGAUGUCGCAAGAGGAGGCCAGCGCCCAGAUGAUUUUCUCAAGGAGACAGGGACCAGAAUGGCACAGUCGCAUGUUCGUCAUUGCUUUGAUUAUAUCCGACAAACUUUGAUGUGCGGUGCAGAUACGAAUUUAGAGGUUCUAGACCACGAGACACGUGCCACGAGCGGCUGGGGACAGAAGCGACAAUGUCGAAAUUAUCAUGAAAUUUUUGAAUGGGCUGAGAAAUGGGCUAAUUCAACAGAUACCGGCAUUCUCAGUUAA